AUGGCUUUCAAGAACGCUCUCGCUGCUCUUGUCUUGGCUCUUCCUCUCGUUACCGGUCUAAGGACCAAGAGGACAACAUGCCCUGAUGGUGUCAACACCGCCAUUAACGCAGCUUGCUGCAACCUCUUCCCAGUUGUCCAGGAUAUCACUGAGAACCUGUUUGAGAACGAAUGUGGUGAUGGAGCUCACGGAGCCCUUCGUCUUCUGUUCCACGAUGCCAUUGGUAUUUCUCCAACCGUCGGUGGUGGAGGCGCUGACGGCUCAAUCGCUGUCUUUAAUGAGACCGAACUGACCUUCCAUGCCAACACCGGUAUCGACGAUGUCCUCGAUGCACUCGGCCCAUUCCUCAUCAAGCAUUCCGACAAAGUCAGCGCUGGAGACUUCAUUCAACUCGCCGGUGCAGUCAGUCUUGUUCAGUGCAACGGUGCACCACGCAUUCCGUUCUUCUUUGGCCGUGCACCGCCCAAGGCCGCGUCUCCCCCCGACCUGGUUCCUGAACCUUUCGACAGUGUUCAGAAGAUUCUCCAACGCUUCGGCGAGCUCGGAUUCAGUGCAGAGGAAGUAGUUGCUGUAGUUGGUGGAUCUCACAGUGUUGCUGGUGCAGAUGAUGUUGUACCAAACUUGCAGGGGUAUGUUUAA